GAAAGACUGAUUUAUAAUUCUAAGGCUGUAUUGGCCCGGCCCAGCUACCGAGCCGAUUCUCGGACUGCCGACCCCCCAGGCCACAUCUGUGUGUAUCUAUCUGUUCGUCCGUCCCAUCUACCUAUUUGAGCCGCCUUGCCCCGAGGGUGCCUGCUGCUUGCUACACCAUAAACUUUGUUGUUACGCCUCCCUGUUUCUUGCUGCUGGGGUUGGCACCCGUGGUCCACAGUCACUUCGUCAUAACCCGAACGAAGUCCUGGCAACUCGUCUUGCCUCUCUCUGUGGGAAGAGGAAAAGCUGUGUUUCAUAGUUUUACAAAAUAUUUGCCUCUUUGACCCUCGAUGCCCCCCGCCCCUUUUUUCCUGCCUGCACGCCCUCAGGCCCUCUCGCAGCAUUCCUUCAAGAGACUGGACGGCCCCCGUUUUCAGUCUCUAAUUUCAAAAGGGCCCGCAACACUACACCUACUUUUGACCCAAGCCCCCAGUGCCAGCCCAGACCAGGACCCAGACCCAGACCCAUUCCAGGCUUAGACCCUCCCUCCCUGGCCAUUUGUAAUACGAUAUCAGUCUUGAUAUCAGAACUUCAAAAACCUCAAAAAUAUCUGGCUGCACUUCCACCCAUCUUUCUCACCCAGCGACUCGCGUUGCUUCGGGUUCUCCAGGCUUCAACCUUGGCCCUGCCCCGCGAACUCUUCUGCGCGCCCUUCUCACUAUCGCGCCCAGAUCGCUUGGCAGGAGCACUUGUGUUUAUCUGUUUAUUUGUUUUGGCUUUUUGUAUUCUUCGCUUGGAGCAUAAACGAGAUCAUGGAGCCCGAUGUGGAGAAGGCCGCGCUCGAAGCUCGGGACCAGGAGCACUCCGAGUUCCUGGCCCAUCGCGAGGUCGAGGAGCCACCACGAAGGACUUCGACCGACAGCGACACCACCCGCGAUCCUGAAGAGGAGCUCGAGCAGGCCCGUCGCAACAACCCCCUAGGCCUCACCAGGACCAAGUCUGGCGUCUCGGUCGAGCAGGCCCGCGAUGACUUCCAACAGCUGCGCCGAGAGAUCUCCAGCCUGUCGAGGGCAUCCAGGCAGAGCCGUGAGCACAGCCGCAGCCGCAAGGGCAGCAAGGUCGACAUCCACCAGGAGAAAUCCCACGAGGCCAUCGACAUUGCCGAGUCUGGCGGAACAUCCACAACACUCUCCGACGAUGAGCAGUUCGACCUCGAGGGGGCCCUGCGGACGGGCCUGAACGCCGAGCAGGAGGCUGGCAUUCGCCCAAAGCACAUUGGUGUUUACUGGGACCAGUUCACCGUCAAGGGAAUGGGCGGCUUCUCAAACUACGUCAAGACCUUCCCCGACGCCUUCGUCGACUUCUUCGACGUCAUCUCCCCCUUCAAGAAAGUCCUUGGGCUCGGCAAGAAGGGCACCGAGUCCACCCUCCUGGACAACUUCCGCGGUGUCUGCCAGCCUGGAGAGAUGAUCCUGGUCCUGGGCAGACCUGGCUCGGGAUGCACCACCUUCCUCAAGACAAUUGCGAACCAGCGGUAUGGAUACACCAACAUCUCUGGCGAGGUCUUGUACGGACCAUACGAGGCCAAGGAAUUCAACCUGUACCGUGGCGAGGCAGUCUACAACGCCGAGGAUGACCUGCACCACCCGACCCUUACCGUCGAGCAGACCCUCGGUUUUGCUCUGGACACCAAGGCCCCCAAGAAGCUCCCGGCCGGCCUGACCAAGGCCCAGUACAAGAAGUCCGUCAUCGACAUGCUGCUCAAGAUGUUCAACAUCGAGCACACGCGCAACACCAUCGUUGGUGGGCCUCUGAUCCGUGGUGUCUCUGGAGGUGAACGCAAGCGUGUCUCCAUCGCCGAGAUGUUGAUCACAAACGCCUGCAUUCUGUCCUGGGACAACUCGACCCGUGGUUUGGAUGCCUCGACAGCACUGGACUUUGUCAAGUCUCUCCGGAUCCAGACAGACCUGUACCGGACAACCACCUUUGUCUCACUGUACCAGGCCUCAGAGAACAUCUACAAGGAAUUCGACAAGGUCCUCGUCAUCGACGGCGGAAAGCAGGUUUACUUCGGACCCACCACCAGCGCGAGGGCCUACUUUGAAGGCCUCGGCUUCGCCCCGCGUCCACGACAAACCACCCCGGAUUACGUUACGGGCUGCACGGACGAGUUCGAACGCCAGUACGCCCCGGGCUACUCCGAGGAGAACGCGCCGCACGACCCCGAGUCCCUCGCCGAGGCCUUCAAGGGCUCUCAGCUGUCGAAGGACCUGUCCAAGGAGAUGGCGGAUUACAAGGAGAGCCUCAAGGAGGCCCAGCAGCAGCACGAUGACUUCAAGAUUGCGGUCAAGGAGAGCAAGCGCGCUGGUGCCAAGGGCUCCGUGUACGCGGUUGGUUUCCACCUGCAAGUCUGGGCUUUGAUGAAGCGACAGUUCGUCCUGAAGAUGCAGGACCGGCUGGCGCUUAUCCUCGGAUGGCUGAGGAGUAUCAUCAUUGCCAUCGUCCUCGGAACCCUGUACCUGAACCUCGGCCAGACGUCAGCCAGUGCCUUCAGCAAGGGUGGUCUCAUGUUCGUCUCUCUCCUGUUCAACGCUUUCCAGGCCUUCUCUGAACUCGGCGGUGUCAUGACGGGCCGAGCCAUCGUCAACAAGCACAAGGCCUAUGCCUUCCAUCGGCCCUCAGCCCUGUGGAUUGCACAAAUCAUCGUCGACCAAGCUUUUGCCGCCUCGCAGAUCUUCAUCUUCUCGGUCAUCGUCUACUUCAUGACAAAUCUGCACCGAAGCGCCGGCGCCUUCUUCAUCUUCUAUCUCAUGAUCCUGGUGGGCAACAUUGCCAUGACGUUGUUCUUCCGUAUCCUCGGCUGUAUUAGUCCCGACUUCGACUACGCCAUCAAGUUUGCCGUCGUGAUCAUCACUUUCUUCGUGACAACUUCAGGUUAUCUGAUUCAGUACCAGGCUGAGAAGGUCUGGCUCCGAUGGAUCUACUGGGUCAACGCGCUGGGCCUGGCCUUUAGUGCCAUGAUGGAGAAUGAGUUCAGCCGGAUCGACAUGACAUGCUCGGGCCCGCAGCUUAUCCCAUCUGGCCCAGGCUACGGAAACAUCAGCCACCAGGUUUGCACCCUGCCCGGGUCCCGGCCAGGCACUGACCGGGUCUCUGGAGACGACUACAUCAUUGAGGGUUUCUCGUACCACCCAGAGGACCUGUGGAGGAACUUUGGCAUCAUCAUCGCCCUGAUUGUCGCUUUCCUCUUCUUCAACGUCCUGUUGGGUGAGCUGGUUAGGUUCGGAAUGGGCGGCAACACCUUCAGGAUCUUCCAGAAGCCCAACGCCGAGCGCAAGGCCCUCAACGAGGCCCUGACCAAGAAGCUUGAAGACCGCCAGAAGAACAAGGCCGGGCUCGAUGCGGGUGGCAACGACAUGAAGAUUGAUUCCAAGAGCGUGCUUACCUGGGAGAACCUCGUCUACGACGUCCCCGUUGCCGGUGGCACCCGCCGGCUUCUCAACAACGUUUUCGGCUACGUCAAGCCAGGCGAGCUGACCGCACUUAUGGGAGCUUCCGGUGCCGGAAAGACGACCCUGCUGGAUGUGCUCGCUGGGCGCAAGAACAUUGGUGUCAUCGGCGGCGAUAUCCUGGUCGACGGGGUCAAGCCCGGUAAGGAAUUCCAGCGGUCGACCAGUUACGCAGAGCAACUCGACAUGCACGACCCGUCCCAGACCGUCCGAGAGGCACUCCGCUUCUCAGCCGACCUGCGGCAGCCUAUGGAGGUGCCUCAGGAGGAGAAGUACACGUACGUCGAGGAGGUCAUCGCCCUGCUGGAAAUGGAGAACAUCGCAGACGCCAUCAUCGGCUCCCCCGAGGCCGGCCUGACGGUCGAGCAGCGCAAGCGUGUCACGAUCGGCGUCGAGCUGGCAGCCAAGCCCCAGCUGUUGCUCUUCCUCGACGAGCCCACCUCGGGUCUCGACAGCCAGAGCGCGUACAACAUCGUCCGUUUCCUCCAGAAGCUCGCCCGCGCCGGCCAGGCCAUCCUCUGCACCAUCCACCAGCCCAACGCCGCCCUGUUCGAGAACUUUGACCGCCUGCUCCUCCUCAAGUCCGGUGGUCGCUGCGUGUACUUUGGAGACAUUGGCAAGGACGCCCACGUCCUCCGCGACUACCUGGCGCGCCACGGAGCCGUGGCCGGAGAGACCGACAACGUGGCCGAGUUCAUGCUGGAGGCGGUGGGAGCCGGUUCUGCCCCCCGGAUAGGCGACCGCGACUGGGCCGACGUCUGGGAGGACAGCAGCGAGCUGGCCAACAUCAAGGACCACAUCUCGCAGCUCAAGGAGGCGCGCAAGUCGGCGGGCGAGCAGUCGGACGCGUCGCUGCAGCGCGAGUACGCCUCGUCGGUGUCGCACCAGCUCAAGGUCGUCAUCAAGCGCACGGCCAUGUCGUACUGGCGGUCGCCCAACUACCUGUUCACGCGUCUCUUCAACCACGUCAUCAUCGGCCUGCUGACGGGGCUGACGUUCCUCAACCUCGACUCGUCGCGCUCCUCGCUGCAGAACAAGGUCUUCGUCAUGUUCCAGGUGACGGUGCUGCCUGCCCUCAUCAUGUCGCAGGUCGAGGGCAUGUACCACUUCCAGCGGGCCAUCUUCUUCCGCGAGCAGUCGUCCAAGAUGUACUCGUCCUUCACCUUCACCUCGUCCAUCGUGCUGGCCGAGAUGCCGUACUCGAUCCUCUGCGCCGUCGCCUUCUUCCUGCCCCUGUACUACAUGCCGGGCAUGCCGACCGACUCGUCGCGCGCGGGCUACCAGUUCUUCAUGGUCCUCAUCACGGAGCUCUUCGCCGUCACCCUGGGCCAGGGCCUCGCGGCCCUGACGCCCUCCAUGUUCAUCUCGUCGCAGUUCGACCCCUUCAUCGUCAUCACCUUCGCCCUCUUCUGCGGCGUCACCAUCCCCAAGCCCCAGAUGCCCGGCUUCUGGCGCGCCUGGCUGUACGAGCUCGACCCCUUCACCCGCCUCAUCAGCGGCAUGGUGACGAGCGCGCUGCACGAGCUCCCCGUCACCUGCACCGACGCCGAGCUGAACCGCUUCACCGCGCCCGACGGCCAGACCUGCGGGCAGUACAUGGAGCCGUACUUUGCGGCCGGCGGGCCCGGCUACAUCGUCGGCAACGACACCAGCGACUGCGGCUACUGCGCCUUCAAGGUUGGCGACCAGUUCUACGAGGCGCUGGGAAUGUCCUUCGACACCCGCUGGAGGGAGCUCGGCAUUUAUAUCGCGUUUGUCGCAUCCAACCUGAUCAUCCUAUUUCUGGCGGGUCGUUUCCUCAACUACAACAAGCGUUAAUCGCACACCCCUCCCCUGGGACCCCCCCUUUUACGCGGGUCCCUUUCAUCAUCCUCAUCAUCAUCACCUGUUUUCUUCCUCUCUUUCUUCGACUAGGGCCGGAUGGCUCGGGGUCGGAUGGCUCGGUGUCGUGUCUCCUCCCAGGACGAUCGAUACCUAUUGUGGUUGGUACUUAGAUAUAUGCUAAUUUUGUUGUUGGUGUUGGUAACUAUGAGUUGGACACUUGCACGGACUACGGUUGAUGCCCAUAGAAUUUCUGAUUGAUUGAUGCAUCAUGCGGUCCACGUCUGCAUAGCAAAGCAAAGAGUCUUUUGCAUGAUCAUGAGCAGGCAGGCAUGAAGGGAAAGAAGGACGCACAGGAGGAAAAGAUAGCCGUCCAUGUGUAUGUGGGAAAAUAGAGAAAGAUGUGUAACUAUUCGCCUACGUAGGCAGUCAGAAUGAUCACAUGUUAAUUCGUACUUUGA